CGACUCGGGACGGGUGGUGGUUCGAAUCAGUGAGCGAGCGGGUUCUGUGCUUUUCUAUACGUUGAGGGUGACUGUCUGUCGUCUCUCCUUCAGCGGUGUGUGAGUUUUUGUCAUACUCGUAUACCUACUCACGUGCGUUUCGGGUGUGGAGCGAUACAAAUCGGUGAGAAGGUGAGAGCGAUCGCUCUCAUUUCGCGAUUGUGUGGUGUUACUCACCAUUUAAUUGGAUGGUAGUCGUGAGCUGGCUGAUGAUUACAAAUGCCGAUUGUCACGGCUCGGUUAAUUUGACGUAGGGAUACCCGCGCUCUCGUUUUUACCGUACGCAGUUAUGUUGUUUUAGCAGCGGUGUUUGGUGUUUUGACGAAGAACUUUACGCGUGAUAGGGUGUUUAAUUCAACCUCUCAAGUCUGUUCUAAUAUCAAUUCGGCGUAAAAAAAACAAAGAAGAGUUACUUCCCGUACAAAUCUUCAAGGUGAAGGUGGAAAUUUUCGUGGUAAACUACAGAAAAUCAGUGGGACAAAUUUCGUCACAGGUUGACGCUUUUCCCUACCAAAUAAAGCAAAAUUGCGUGAUUUUUGUUGUGUACGAUAGUCGGCUAGCUGAGUGAGCGACGGUCAACGAAGAGUGAACUCAACAGAGAGUGCUGGCUGCAAGAGAAAACAACGUGAGUCGCUAUAGCGAUAUGUGAACACAGUUUUCUCCGUGGUCGAUGACAGCAGGAGCGGUGGCAGCGCAAAAAAUAGGGAAAUCUUGUGUUAUUCUGUGUGCGGUGGUGUUGCCCAGCCUGGCAGGCUUUUGAGUGGAAGAAUUAUCGGUCGUUCCGGACGGUUCGCGUUUGUUAAGUUUUAGUGAUGUAUUUAUUCAUACAAUCGGUAUUCAUUUGAUUUAUUGUCCGUCUGGGGGAAACGUCUGACGGGUGAAGAAGUGAAGAUUCUGUGAUUGCAGUGUACUCGUUGCUAGGAAAGUGAAUUGUAACUUUUUUCAGUGUUGUGUCCUUUUUUUGUGUGUGCCCCUAAGCAGUCGGAAGUCCCGUGGUUAGUAAAAGAAUUAUUGAUCUGGUUGCCUGCUGAGGAGAGCCGGGAGAAGUUUGUCGUGUGUUCGCGAAAAAGAGUGCGAAGUUCGUGUGUUCUCGUUGAGGAUUGCAACCGUUUUUUGCAGCGAUUAUCGAUCUCGGAGUGUCCCACCGUCUAUCCAUAUGGAUUAGAGAGAGAGACAGCGAUUUCACGUGGAGUUCUAUGAAAUAAAUGCCGCGCCCAACCGCCCACCACCAGGACGAGUUCAAGCAAUGACCGAUGAAAGUCCUCCCCGUCGUCUAUCGCAAAUCUUUGACCCUCUGACGAGUCUGAGCGAUCUCGAGCAGAUCCAGCAGCAAAUUCAACAGCACCAGCAACACCUCCAACAGCACCAACAACAACAGCAGCAAAGUCAUUACAAAUAUGGUCCGGGAGCUCCGUCCUCGGUUGUACUCCAGCAUCGACAAUCCGGUGGUGGUUACAACAGUUACAACAACACAGCCUCCUCGUCGACAUCGCUAUCAUCGGUCUCGAAUCAAAGUGCCAAGCUGAGCUCGAGUAGCUCCACCAGCAGUUACGUGGGAGGACCUCCGCCCGGACUAAGCCGGAUAGUGAUGGGUUCCCGGUCAACCCCGAACAGUCCGCGGUUGGUAGCGCGUCGUGGCACGGGUUCAAGUGGUGCCCCGCCGGCAGGUAGCAACCGACCACCGAUGGUUCCUCCACGGGUACCGAACGCUGCCAUCAUUGCUAAUCCUUCGCUGGUCGCCCUGGACUCGGACGCUCCGUGGCCGGCUUUCGGCAGCCUUACCGACAAUCUCGAUGUACAUCAGGUGAACAAUUAUCAGCAGGGGCUUCCGGAGAUUAAUUGGCAGGAACGAUGCCUGGAACUGCAGCUGGAGUUGCAUCGUUCGCGAAAUCAGGCCGGACGGGUGCGGGAUAUGCUGCGUGAAAAGCUCUCGGAGCUCGAACAGAGGGUCAUCGAAGCCGAGGAACGAGCUGAUGAAGCCGAGGACAAGGUCCGGGCCAUGGAGCAGCGGCUGUGUGACUGGCCCAAGUCUCAGAGCAUAACUGGGCCAGCCGGAAGUAGUAACAGCGGAGCAGCCAACAGUCACACCAAACCGUCUGGAAGUUCCUCGACCGAUCCGGUCAAAAUCUCGCAGCUCGAAACAGCCGUUGAAGAGCAGAAACAGUUGCGCCUCCAGGACGCCCGCCAGGUCGGCGCAAAGGCAGCUAAAAUUAAGGAGUGGGUCACAAACAAACUCCGAGAGCUAGAAGAACAGAACCAGCUGCUGCGUGAGCAGAACAUCAAGUGCAAUCAACAGUUAGAACUACUAAGGAACCACAUCGCCACCCAAAGCAGUAGACAUAGUAUACAGCAACCAGUUAGAUCUAGUUUAAGCUUAGACGUGCAGGAUUUUAAACGUCGCAGCGGUCGACGGCGUAGCGAAUCGUUGGAUCCGCCGGAGCAUCGCUCCCUGCUGACGUCGUCCACGGUGCACCAUCACCGACGAAACCUUUCCAUGGAACCUCAGGAACUAGCUAGGGAUCUAGCGGCCGCCGUCGAUGGGCUGCAUCUGAUACCCCUGAAUCCCGGCCCACAGCCCAGUCCCAUCUCGGAUAUGGAUGCCGCGCACGACUACGCGGAAAUCUACACACCGUCCCGGGAAAAGGCCCCCACGUGGUUGAAAGGUCUUCCAAGUGGAGGCUCUAGUACGACCACCUCGGACUCGGUGGCUGAGCUUGGUCCAGCGAGACCACCAACGCCUCCCCUUCACCGGUUUCCCAGUUGGGAGGCCAAAAUUUACCAGGUGGCCAACGAUGGCCUGGCCGGAGACGAAAAUGAAUCCCAAGACCAGGAGUCCGGGUCCGGGAUGACGUCCAGCGUUGGGAUAAACUCCCGUUCGCAGACCGUUUCCGGUGGAUACUGUGAUAUUAGUGUACCGGUUUACGCCACCGUUAAAGGGCGUGCCUCCCAGAUCCGGUCGAUGCCAUUUACCGGCGAUUCCAGUGAUGACAGCAGCGACGGGGAAGAACAUGGUGCCAUCAUGACCUGUGCCACGUCCACACACAACUCGCACAACUCUACCAGCACGGACAAUACCGAGACGAGUACCUCGGGCAGUGCCUCUAGUCCCUCGAAAAGCCUCAAAACCUCCUCUAGUCUAAGCCCGGCCAAGCGCAGUGGGUCCGAAAGUCCAAAGAACAAAACACGAGUAAUUUCAGAAAUGUCCUUUGAAUCAGGGCUAUCCGACGACUACGCGAUACCACCGGAUGCAGUGUCGGCGGUGGAUACCUCCUGCAUGGACGCUUCGAUGCCAUCACUGUUGAUGCGUACCUCCUACGCUGAUUCCCCGAAAAAGAUGGAAACACUGGAAAAGGUCGGUCAUCUGGCCAAACUCGGUGGGAAGUUGAAAACGUGGCGCAAGCGUUGGUUUGUGCUGAAAAAUGGACAACUCACGUACUGGAAGAGUCAACACGAUGUGACGCGGAAGCCCCAGGGAACGAUCGCACUGGAUGAAGCGUGUCGGAUCAAUAGAGCCGAGGGAGCAUCCACGUUCGAAAUUGAUACCGGAAAGAAGGUUUACUAUCUGACGGCGGAUUCCAACGCCACAAUGGACGACUGGAUCCGGGUGCUGCAGAAUGUUCAACGAAGGAACGCUACCAAACUGCUGCUCAGUAGAGACGAUCAGAAGCCAACGGUGCAGGGUUGGGUUACCAAGGUGAAGAAUGGCCACGCGAAGAAGUGCUGGUGCGUCCUGUUGGGGAAGAUGUUCCUGUACUUUAAGGCACCGGGAGAAACGAACACGCUGGGACAAAUCAACAUGCGGGAUGCUCGCGUGGAGGAAGUGGAACACGUGUCCGACUCCGACUCGGAAGAACGUGAGGAUCCUGCCCAAAGCCAAGCGAGGCUGACCGUGGCCAUUUAUCCGCAGCAUCAGGGACUGGGCCCCACAUACCUCAUCCUGCCAGGCAAACAAGAACGGGACAACUGGCUGUACCAUCUAACCGUAGUUUCCGGCGGAGGACCUAAUGCUGGAACUCAGUACGAACAACUGAUUCAGAAACUGAUGGAAACCGAUGGCGAUCCUAACUGCGUCCUGUGGCGACAUCCGAUUCUUCUGCACACCAAGGAUAACAUAACUUCACCCCUGACUUCACUACAUUCCGAAACGCUCCAAGCGGAAGCUAUCAAAUUGUUUAAGAGUUGCCAGCUGUUCCUUUCGGUGGCCGUCAAUCAGCCGGGUAUCGACUACCACGUGGUUCUGGCGCAGAACGCCCUCCAGCAGUGUCUGGACAUGCCAGAGCUGCAGUCCGAACUGAUCUGCACCCUAAUCAAGCAAACGUCCCGCCAUACCGGCCAGAAGCUGGGUGUAGGUGUCCAGGUAAACAAGAAACUGGGCAUACCGGCUCGUCAAUUGCUGCUAUGUGCAACCCAGAGUUUGUUCACUUGUGAUACGCAACAAGGCAAUACAACUCAAGCGAAUGGGAGCUCACCAACUUCCAUUCAGGCUCCAUCGAUUGCACCGAUUAUCGACUGCAAAUCGAAUCCGCCAGCCUACACAUUCAUCCAGGGUUGGCAGCUUCUGUCGCUAGCAGUGUCCCUGUUCGUGCCAAAAAAUAGCCGCCUGCUGUGGUACCUCAAACUACACCUGUCAAGGAAUGCUGACUCCAAAACCGAAUGCGGCAAAUACGCGGCCUACUGCGAGCGAGCGUUGGAGCGAACCAUGCAGAAUGGUGGUCGUGAAACGAAACCCUCCCGUAUGGAAGUCCUGUCGAUUCUGCUAAAGAAUCCGUAUCACCACUCGUUGCCGCAUGCGAUUCCGGUGCACAUGAUGAAUGGCACCUACCAGGUGGUGUCCUUUGAUGGGUCCUCCACGAUCGAGGAGUUCCACUCGACGCUGGCACAGGAGAUUGGAUGUCGCGAUGGCACCAACGGUUUUACACUGUUUAGUGACGAUCCGAUCGAAAAGGACUUGGAGCACUAUUUGGAUCCGCAGGCGAAGCUCUGUGACGUAAUUUCCAAAUGGGAAACGGCGUUACGCGAGAAAGGUUCCGGUAAAUUUGAAAACUCUCGUGUGAUUCAGUUGACCUAUAAAAAUCGACUCUACUGGAAACACGCGGCCAAACUGGAAACCGAGAAAGAGCGACUCCUUCUCUGCUAUCAGAUAAAUCAACAAGUGGUCCAAGGCCGGUUUCCUUUGUCACGUGAUCUAGCUCUUGAACUGGCUUCCCUAAUGGCACAGAUCGACAUGGGUGAUUUCGCGGUGGACAAAGCCAAGACCAGCUCGCUGCAGGCACUGGACAAGUUCUAUCCUUACCGCUACCGGGACGCUCUAACCACGGAUGGUUUGAAGGAACUACAAGAAUUGCUGGCGGGCAAGUGGUCCCUGCUGAAAGGUCGCUCCGUUGUGGACUGCGUACGGAUCUAUCUGACCUGUGCCCGUAAAUGGCCCUUCUUCGGUGCGGCACUAUUCCAAGCCAAACCUAGACAUUCCGAUCAAGCGAUGGCCUGGCUGGCUGUAUCCGAGGAUGCUCUCAGCGUGCUGGAGCUUUCCUCGAUGGCAUCAAUUGCUCGCUAUCCGUACAGUUCGGUGAUGACCUUCGGCGGUUGUCAGGAUGAUUUCAUGUUGGUGGUCAGCGCGGAUGAUACCCUGGCAGGCGGUCCCGAACAGAAACUGCUGUUCGCCAUGAGUAAACCGAAGAUUCUGGAGAUAACGCUGUUGAUUGCGGAUUACAUGAAUGCGUUGGGCCACACGCUGCCCGGGACACCGCAGAUGAAUACGCUGACGCGGAAUGGAAGUCACAGGAGUAUAAGAUCCCGUGCCCACCCCGGUUCGGCCACGGGGACGCCCGCCCACAACACGCUGAACUCGUCGCAUGCCAACACAACCCACGCCCACAACACGCUUACGUCCCACUCGCAUACGCUCAAUUCGCACGUCAGCCACACGCUCAGCUCGCACGGACAGCCGGAUAUCCUCAAGAGUACACCGGAUCACCAGCGGCGUUGAGAACCGCCGCCGCGAAGGCAGACAACAGCGCGCACAACAAUAAAAAAAAACCGGGCGACUAGUUUUCUAUUGCUGUAACAAUAAUUGUUCCGUCACUUUCGAGAUAUAAACGAUAUUAUUUUUUAAUCGUAUUGGACUAAUUUUAUUUUGCAUUUACUAAAGGACCGAAUAAGUGUUACGAAUGCAUUUCAAAAUCAAAUCUUGAGAAUCUAGAGUUAGUUUUAAUCGAUUAAGUUAAUAAAUAUAACCAAAUUGUUUAGACCUUAAGUUAACAAUUUUUGUUCAAUUUGUUUCAAUAUUUUGAUUUUUGUAAAUAAAAAAAGUCAAAUAUCGACACACAGGUCGUACACCGUACUUUAGUGUGAAAAUGAGUCAUUCAAAACGUAACAUUUUCUGCAAACGAUUUCAUUUAGCAUUUUAGGCGUACCAGAUUAGUUUGUAGGAGCUCUAACCAAAACUAACGAACAUCAACAAUCUGUCAUUGAGAUUAAGGAGAACCUUUCCAGCUAGAUAAGCUGAAAAGAAUGCAUAGUGACGUGUUUGUGUGUAAGUUGGCAGAUACUAGCUCGAAGGAGUAGACAAUUUGAACUCAAACGGAAAUAAUUAGGAAACUAAUGUGAUUUUUUACUCAAUCUAUAGUAACAAACUGACAGGUCAUAGUUAUACCACUAACGAACUGGAUACGAUGGCACACUAGAAUAGAUAAGAACUAAAACUGAAAAGCGAACAGAAAAAUAUAACAACACUUAAAAUAGGACUUUUGUUUAGUCUACAGACGAAUCUAAAACGUAAUAACAAAAAAAAUGUGUAACCAAAUCCGUUUUCUUUUUCUACAUUUACAACGUGUAACCGAAAUAUAAUAGAAGAAUGCUAACAACCGGGUGAGGAGAGAAGCUGAGUAGUAGGUAUUCUUAAUUCUGUAUAACCGCCUCUAGUGUGUUGAUACCAAAAUUGAUAAGCGGAAUAAGUACGCUAACGUAUACAAAAAACCGUGUAAUCAAUAAAACAAUACAGUUCGGUAAUUAUUAAAUCAAAGAUGAGAAAAUAGAAACGGACAUUGAUGAUUGUUAA